CCGUUCAGUUUCUGAACGGAAAACCCGCGUUCAAUGAAUGCGCGGUUUCACAGGCCACUGCCCCGACUAUCGCGACAUCCACGCGAACCUUCGGAGUGGCAAGACCGUCCUGAACUACUCUCGCGGGGACAACGGUCUCGUGUACUGGCACGGUUCACAGGGCACCAGAGAGCCACGUAUUUGCGUUCCCUCCACUGGACAGCUACGUGUCUGGGCAGUGGCAGAGUUCCAUGACCAGGCAGUCGCCGGUCAUAUGAGCUUCCACAAGACGUUGGCUCGUGUGAGCUGCCUGUACGUCUUGCCGAAGCGCAAGGACUUUGUGAAGGACUACGCCGCAGAGUGUCCCACCUGUCAGGAGGUGAACAGUGUGAACCACCUGCCUUAUGGUUUGCUCCAGCCUCUUCCUAUCCCUGAGGGUCGUUGGCAGUCUAUCUCGAUGGACUUUAUCGGUCCUCUUCGUCCUCCGAAGCCCCGCGGUCAUGAUGCUAUCCUGGUCGUCGUCGACCACCUUCCAAAGCGUGCACGCUUUGUUCGGUGCCGCUAUGCCAUCAAUGCACGUGAGGUCACCGACAUCGUGUUUGACCGAGUCGUGCGUGACCACAGCUUACCUCUGAGCAUCAUAUCCGACCGUGACCCGCGCUUUGCCAGCCGAUUCUGGCGACGGUUCCACGAGGCAUACGGCACCCAACUUCGCUUCUCCUCGUCUUACCAUUCCCAGACUGAUGGUCAGACCGAGAUCACGAACAGAACUCUCAGAGACAUCCUCCGAAAGAUUUUUCGUGACGACCAGCAGUGGGAUCUCCAUCUUGCCCACGCGGAGAUAGCUUACAACCACGCCGUCUCGCUAGCCACGGGGAUGUCGCCUUACUAUUGCGACCUCGGCUAUCACCCUCGUGUUCCCGCAGACUUCCUUCGACCGUCACAGAUGCACCCCGACACGAGUUGUCCCGUGCUGGAUGAUUGGGUUGCACACAUGACGUCGAUCAUGAAGACCGCGCAUGAGCACAUAGUCGCCUCCCAGACUCGCAUAGCGGCACGUGCGAACCGAUCACGGAUGGAUCAUCCAUUCAAAGUCGGUGAUGAUGUGCUUAUCGACGCUCGCCACUUACAGCUCGAAGCGGACACGCUUUGCAAGUUUCGGCGUCGCUUCUUUGGCCCAUGCCACAUCCUCCAGGCCGUUAGUUUUGAUAUGGCAUCUAGCCCGGUCAGCUUCCGUGUAAAGUUGCCCGACUACCUACGCCAGGCUCGUGUGCACGAUGUCUACCACAUCUCGUUACUACGUCCCUACCGCAGACCGUCUGAGCGUUUCGCUGGACGACCAUGCGAGCGCCCUCCACCCAUCAUGGUGGACGGCCACGAGGAGUUCCUCUUUUCAGACAUCAUUGGUCGUCGAGUCAUCGACGACAACCCUCCCCAUGUCGAGUAUCUCGUACGUUGGAAGGGUUACCCUGAUGAGGAGGCUACCUGGGAGCCCCUCAAGCACUUGCAGCACGCUCUCAUGUUGGUGCGUGCCUAUGACCGUGCUCGUCGUGCAGGGUCGACUGCUCCCCCUCAGCCCACUGACCCUCCUCCUUCUCCCUCGGCUGAGGAGACCGCUGAAGUUAAGCCUGCCCCUUCUGAGGCAGACCUUCAGCAGCAGCCGGAUGCUUCUCAGCGUCCACAGCGCACUCGUCGUCGUCCUGCUCGAUACGACGAUUGACUCUGACUUAUCUUCCCACGACCUUGACUUCUCAGUACUCCAUCCACUCCAGUUUUGCCACUUCAGCUCGUCGACGUUGCGACUCUUCCUCGACGACAUUCCGGACUUCUCAUCAUGGACGUCAUCGACAACUUCAUGGACUUCGUCACGAUCAGCUCUGCCUACUUCAGACGUCGUCACUCUCUUACCACCUUACCCUGUACAGUACCCUGGUUGUGUCGCAUGAUGGUCUCCCUUCGCCGGGUUCUCUGAGUUGGGCUCUCCCUUGGUAUACGCAUAGGCAUCG